CCACAAGUUUUUCGCACUUCGGGUCCCUGAUUGUGUCGGUCGGUGCUUUUGUGAUAAUAAAAGUUGUGUUAAAAGUUCAAGUUUUCAUCGGUUUUUCUAUAUUUCCUUUAAUUUAGCGCACCGUUUACGACUGCGUUACAUUUGAGAUUCUUCUGUACUCACUCUCUUAAAUUUAAGUAUCUUAAUACCUUUCAUGCUCUAAAAUAUUUUGUGUGCUCGUCUCUCAGACUUCCCAAGACUUGCAGCAAUUUUUACUACGAUCUCCCCACAAUUUAAACUGCAAUUAGGAUGCAUUGUUCUUUGUCAUCUCUUAAUUUCAGUCUGCUUUCGGAAACUAUCCCCGUUUUCUCAACCAAUUCGUCAUUGUGAAUUUAUCGAGUUAUUCAGUUUUGAAAUCCAAAUCCUCAUCUAAUUAGCACAAUGUCUCUGAAACCAAAGCGAGUUAACUUCCAAGAAAUUUGGGAGAACUUAGAGGACACCAUGAAAGGAGUGAUAACACUAGGCAAAGUGCCUCGGAAUAUUUGGAACGACAGAUUCAGUGACAUUUAUGCAUUGUGUGUUGCUUACCCGGAACCGCUUGCUGAUAAAUUAUACGACGAAACGAAAAGCUUCUUAGAUAAUCAUGUGAAAUCUCUCAGAGAUGACGUCUGCGCUGAAGGAGAGCAAGGUCUCUUGAAAAACUACCAUCAAGCAUGGUCAGAAUACAGUCAAGGAAUCAACUACUUGCACAGGCUGUUUUUGUACCUGAACCAACAGCACAUUAAUAAAUCUAGAUUGUCUGAUGCCGAAAUUAUCUACGGAAAUAUUGGUGAAAAUCAAGAACAGAUGGAAAUCGGUGAACUAGGUCUAGACAUCUGGAAACGAAAGAUGAUUGAGCCUCUCAAAGAAAAACUGUUAAAGCUGCUUCUGAAUGGAAUCCAUCUCGAUAGGAUACACAAUGCACAACAAGAUUUAAAUGCAGUGAUUCGAGGCGUGAUUGACUCUUUUGUCAGUGUACAAGAGUACAAGAAAAAAGGCAACUUGGAUCUAUACCAAAAAAUCUUCGAAGAGCCUUUUUUAGAAGCAACCGGCGAAUUUUACAAGUGUGAAGCAAGUAAACUUUUACAGGAGUACACCAUCUCUCAGUACAUGGAAAAAGUCAUCCAAAGAUUACAUGAAGAAUCUUUGCGCUGUAAACGAUUCCUUCAUCUAAGUUCGGAGGUGAAAGUUAGAAUGAAGUGUGAGCAGCAUUUUGUAGCAGACCAUCUUGCAAUACUGCAUGGUGAAUGCGCCGGUAUGGUGAAAGCAGAACAGCGGCAAGAUCUGAAGAAUCUUUACCUUCUUCUCCGCUCUGUUCCAACAGCCAUAGCUGUUCUCAUUAGCACAGUCCUUGACCAUAUCAAGCAGCUAAGUCUUCAGACUGUCCUUGGGCUCAGAGGAGAUAAUAUCCCUGCUCAGUUCAUCGAAAGUAUGUUGAACAUUCAUAAAAAGUAUAAGCAAUUGAUCGCGGAAGUUUUUGAAGGUGACCAAAAUCUGAUGGGCGCCUUAGACAAGGCUUGCUCGUAUGUAAUCAAUUAUCGGCAAAAUACUAAUCAGCCUUGUAGAUCUCCGGAGCUUCUUGCCAAGUAUUGUGAUUUAUUGCUCAAGAAAUCGUCAAAAGGAAUGUCUGACAGUGAAAUAGAUGACCGCCUGAGUCAGUCAAUCAUAAUUUUUAAGUACAUUGAUGACAAGGAUGUGUUUCAAAAAUUCUACUCCCGUAUGUUAGCCAAACGAUUAAUCCAUCAACAAAGCCAGUCAAUGGAUGCAGAAGAAGCAAUGAUCAAUCGCCUCAAACAAGCAUGUGGUUACGAGUUUACCAACAAACUGCACAGGAUGUUCACAGACAUAUCUGUCUCUCAAGAUCUUAACAAUAAGUUCAAUCAAUGGCUGAAGGAGUCAAACAUAGACGUUGGUAUCAACUUCUCUGUGUACGUCCUUCAAGCUGGUGCUUGGCCCCUUGGUCAAACUGCGGUCACUCCAUUCACUUUACCUCAGCAACUAGAAAAGUCAGUUGUUUCAUUUGAAAAUUUCUAUCAUCAUAGUUUUAGCGGUAGGAAAUUAACCUGGCUUCAUCAUCUGUGCCAAGGAGAGUUGAAGCUUUAUUAUUUGAAGAAACCGUACAUCAUAACAAUGCAAACAUUUCAAAUGGCUAUCCUCCUUCUCUUUGAGUCGAAUGACUCCCUGUCGUGUUCUGAAGUUCAAAAUCAACUUCAACUGAAUCCUGAACAGUUUAGUCGCCAUGUUCUUAGUCUUAUUGAAUGUAAACUCAUCAACACAGACUCUGAGAUGUUAAGUGAUAGCACAACCCUUAGUUUAAACAUGAACUACAGUAAUAAACGAACGCGGUUACGAAUUCAAGCUGCUGUUCAAAAAGAAAACCCACAGCAAGAACUAGAGCAAACAGUAACCGCUGUUGAUGAAGAUAGGAAAUUAUACUUGCAAGCAGCCAUUGUUCGAAUAAUGAAGCUGCGUAAAAUACUGUCACAUAACUCUCUAAUCCACGAAGUCUUAUGUCAAUCUGAAUCAUUUGCUCCAACGAUCAGUAUGAUUAAGAAAUGCAUUGAAGCACUCAUUGACAAACAAUACAUUGAACGAACGCCCAACUCCACAGAUGAGUACAGUUAUGUAGCCUGAAUCGUUGCUUCCAACACAAAGCUGUGCAUAGUUAUCACUAGAAAAUUCAACACGGAGAUCAGUGGAGAGCAAUAGCAAAUACAUCAGCUCUGAUUUCCUGAAUCUGUAGGAUUCGAAUCGAGCCAGCCUGCCACUAAAUCUGCUUUUGGUUUCUUCUGAAAUUAAUCACUAACCUCAAAGUUUUAAUACUUGUUUUGAACUCGAAACUAAUCUAGUGCCCAGAGAAAAAUUCUGUCAACCCAUUUCUUGUCUGCAGUUUGUUAUCGACAAUGUAAGUGAUGUAGAAAUUAGUCACCCAGAACACUUAAGUAUAAGCAUGUUGUUAGCUCUCCCACAUAAAAUGUGGAAAAAGAAUGACCCUGUAUUUGAAUCAAUACUUAUGUGAUCAGGAACAAUCUCCUAUUUUGCAUUUCGUUUUAUUUUACUAGAGAUGGAGUAUCCUAUCCAUUUUGUUUUCUUUUGACAUCGUUUUUGGAUAUCAUUAAUCAAAGAAAAACAAUUACCAAUUUUCAAAUAAAAAACGAGUCGCAAAAGACUGGUGGGAAAUAAAAAAUCAAUAUUUACCAUUACAAUAAUGCUCAAAGAGAAAAAUUAAUUUGUUUUUAAGAAAGCAACUCAUGUAAUAAUGCUUGAAGUGAUAAACAAUGGUUUGAAACUAUGCCCCCCCCCCCCC